AUGGCGGUCACCCCUGAACAACUUGCGGCCAUGUACGACGAAGCACCUCGUCGCUCUCGCCGCCGUAACAACAAAGCCGGCGCCAGCCGUGCAUCACCACCUUUGAGCAACGGCGAUGAGGACAGCGAUCAGAGCGAUCAUGGUAUCCCUACACCCACCCAUCGACGCUCCCCUCGCCAGAGCCCACCGCAAGUCCCAGCCGUGACGGCCAAUGCUCGAGGCCCAACCAACUUCUUGCGUCCUGCUCAAGACGUGAUUCAGCGAGUGCAGUGGGACGCCGUCGUGCCCACCCACCUUGUCACCGUGGGCUACGAGGAUCGCUUCACUGGCAUUCAGGAGCGUGCCUUUGACGAUUUCAACUGGGCCGAUGAUCUCGGCACCCUCAGCCACAUGGCCGUGGCCAUUCCCCGUCAUCGCAUCGUUUACUUUAAAUACCGCGAUGAGCUGAUGUGGGAUCGACGCACACGCUUGGACUACGUCUUUGGCUCUAGCGACGGCACCAAGCUGCCCGAGUUUGUCACUGCCGUCGAUGAGCGCCACCAUGCUCAGCUGCAAGACGACGAGGCGGGUCAAGUUGACGCUGCCGAUAACAACGACCGCGACGAAGACAGUGAUGCCAAUGUCCCGACAAUCGUUGCUAACCCCCCGCCUGCAGCUGCGGCCUCUGCUGCUCCCAUCGCCGCCAACCCCACAUCAAUGCGGCUUCCCAUGCAAUCGCAGUCAAAGGAGGCGCGGGAUCGACCCAACUACUUUCUAUGCAUUCGCGUUUGGAGCACAAGCGUCCGUAAGCAAGCCGAGGCCCUUCAACAGCGCGUCCUGGAUAACCACCCCGAACUUGUCGACUGCUGCAUCCCUGCCCCAGCACUUCACGUCACAUUGCCCACCCUACGUCUGGAAAGUACCUCGGACAUCUGUCGUGCGACACAAGUUUUGCACAACUUGAGGUACGUCGCAAUGCAUGAAAGCACCUUCUUCGCGUUUGUUGGCCCCCGCUUCAUCUCACAGGAGUCGCUCUGCUUCGCUCAUGCUUUGCUCAGGGAUGAAGUGGGACAAGUUCUGCCUCCGCACACGCACUUGAAGCUCAAGGGUCCAGCCUUGUUUGGCUCUCGAAUCUUGCACCUUGAGUUUGAGGAGGACUCUGUGGCAAAGCUUCAGCAGCUGCAUGAUUUCCUGGUCGACCGCCUCAGCAGCGCUGGCGUCUCUCUCGUCGGGACACGUUCAGACUAUACACCUCACAUUACUUUGAUCAACGUCAAACGGGCUGCUGCUCGGCAGGGUGCCAGCGUGCAGGCAGCCGAUAUUGCCGGGGUUGAGCCACUCAAGCCUGCCGCGGGCUGGGGUUUUAUUAAAGCGAACGCUAUUUAUCUCUGUCGCAUGACGCCGGACCGAACCCCUGAUGGCUUUUAUCAAGUCGCGACAGGCGUGCCCAUGAGCGCCCGGCCCGUGGUGAGCAUGGAUGAGGCCUUGGACCUCAUCCAGCCAGCUCUGCGCGGGCCGACAGUUAUGGUACUCCGAGGCCUACCAGGGGCGGGCAAAUCCUUCCUAUGUGAUCGCUUGCUUCAGCUAGCUGCCACGGCCGACUGUACCCCCGUGAUCUGCUCUGCAGAUCACUUUUUUGAAAAACCAGACGGAACCUAUGCUUUCUCCCGUGCUCAGCUCGGCGAGGCCCAUAGCCAAUGCAAGGCAAGAUUUCAAGCCGCCUUGGCUGCUCAUGAGCCGUUGGUGGUCGUCGACAACACAAAUUGUGCGCUCGAUGAAUUUGCAUUCUUCCUCGAGCAGGCGGCUGCUCAUGAUUAUGCGGUGCGAGUGCUGGAGUUGGCGUGCUAUGGGUCUGACUCAGUGGCUCAGUUUGCCGCACGCAAUCAGCACAACGUCAAGGUGGACCAUUACUAUCGAAUGCUGAAUCGUUGGCACAAUCACUCCGAAGCCAUUGUUAUUGACACCUGGCCGUACACCCCGCCCAACCAGCAACGCCAGGCAGAUACUCGGUUAGACAUGACACCCAUUACGGACAGCCUGGGUAUGGCUCAGCUUGAGCUGCACAACGCAGAUGCUCCGUCCUACUCGGCCGUCUUUCUCACACCAGAGGCUGUGUCAGCCUUGCGUGGAGCCUGCCCACCCCUUCAUUCGCAAGAAUAUUACCACCACAUGACACUCUGCUUCGAGCCCAGUGAGAGCCACCUCAUUGCUCUUCCGGUUGGCCGCCGGGUUCGUUUGCGCGUCCUGGGCCACGCCAGCGAUGAGCGGGGCCAAGCUGUCGCCGUUGAAGUGGUCCCCGGUACUGACGAGGAUGACACUCGCACAGCGGAGGAUGAUGGUGCACCUUCAGCCCCGCGUGAUACCACCUUGCAGUCACAUAAUGCCGUCGCCCAUAUCACCCUGAGUACAGCCCCUCAAGUUUCAGCCGCAUACUCUAAUGAGCUUUUGCAGCAAGCUCAGUGCAAUCUCACGCCCCUGGACACGUCCCUGGAGCUCGAGGGUGUUGUCGGUAUCGGGCUCGUGUCCCGGCGCGUCAUCACCAAAGCUGCAGUCUACGCAGACCUGCUGCACCAAGGCGCAUUGACACCGACACCCCCAACCGCACUGACCGCCCGAACCACCGAGCUGCACUUGUAUGAUUUCGACAAUACCUUGCUCUUGACGCCGGGCGAGUCCGAGGGCCAAGCCGCCUGGUUUAGGCAGAGCUGCCAGCGGCACAAUGUGCGCACCGUCGUUGCGACUGGUCGCGUCACGUCUGUCGCUGACAAUGUCAGCCAGCUGCUGGCAGCCUUUGAACAAGCGCCACACCAACUUUAUUGCCAACCCUUGGAGCAACGCUCGACAGCCCAGCACAAGUGGCAGGUUGUUUUGGCCGAGUUGCAGGCUCAUCCGGACAUUCAGCGUGUAGUGGUCUUUGACGACGAUCACACCGUUUUGCAGGCGCUUGCACAGCAUGUGGCCCAUGCAGCCAAUGGCACCGUGCCUGGUGUGGCUCGCCCUUUUCAACUGAUACUGCGAGACAGCAAUACGUGCUGGGGUGCCGUUGCAACCACACCGGCAGCUCAUCAACUGACGCGUAAUGACCCCUUGGGUACUUUCAUCGCUGAUUGCGGAUGGCUCGUUAGCCCGGACGAGAUGAAUGCGCGUCAAGCUGCCUUGAGCUGGGCCCGUGGCGUCAUCAAAGCUGCUUUGGCCCAAGACCAUGCAAACUUGGAGCUUUUGGAUCUGGUGACAUACGGUUCCUAUCGUUGGGAAGUGCGAGGCGACGUGGAUGCGUGUAUUAUCGUCCGCUGCUCUGCGGGCAACCAGUCUCCCCCACCCCGUGCUGUCUUGCGCAGCGUGCAGCGCGAGUUGAUGCGUCGCGGCGUGGCUGAUGUACACUUUGGUGACAGCGUUCGCUGCCCACGCCUUGCUCUUCGUCUUCGCAUGCCCAACGGGUUUGCUGUUGAACUCGACCUGACUGUAGCAGUGGUACCGAGCGCCGUCGAUGCGGAUGUGGACUGGCAGACCACACGGAAUCUAUCCCGGCACAUGCGUAUCAUGGAUGCACCUUCACGCGCUGCACUUGACGGCGUUCUACUGAGUAACUGCUCAGCAGCAGACUUUGCGCAGUUUGUGAAAGCACCACAUGUGGUGACCGCAUCACUUCUGGCCCUGCGCCACUUGUUCACUCUCGCCAAGCUGUAUGGCAAGGACUCGGGUAGCUUGAAGUCUUUUCACCUCUCCUUGCUGCUGCGCCAAGCACUGUUGAAGCGUCAAACCUUGCUGCAGCACCACCCCAGUCUGUUUCAGUCGGUGGAAGCACUCGUGUUUGCCACCGUGCAGGACAUGUGUGCUCAAGACCCUGAGGUGAUGGCUGGGCAAUGGGGCCCAAGUUUCAACGCCAUCCACACCGCCGACGUGGUGGCCGCUGCCCAGCUGAUCAAGACGCAUCUCAAAGAGAAUCUGUAUUCCUCAGAUCUGACACUCCAUCGAGCAGCACUCGGCGCUUUUGGUAACGCUCGCGUUGCGGCGCGCAUGCAGCAAAUCAAUCGCGCAUUCACGCGGCAAACCGAGGCCGCCGUGGUUUCUCGUCCUUUCAACGCCACUGACCCCCACGCCCUAUACAGCGUCUAUGUACCGACGAUCCAUGGUGCCGCAUAUCGGUUCCAGCUCGAGAAAGUGCUUCCCACCGAGCUCUCCUUCUUCGUGUCAGCUGGCUUGUCCAUGUGCAUCUGUGAUUCUUCACUGGCAGACCGCAUUUUGUGGGCGAGCCCGGACUCGGGCCUCGUUGCUGGCCAGGACGGCGAAGCAACCAAGCCAAGCUCACAGUCGGUGCCUUGGACGGAUCGACGCCUUCAGGAGCGUGUGGUUCAGUUGGCCACAGUGGAUCGUGCUGCCUUGCCGUUCGCCUUCCCAGCCGAGCUGACCCCGCGACAGCGUAAAGUUGUGCAUGCCUUGGCCAGUCAGGCCGGCUUAAGCAGUGCCAGCCACGAACAGGGUUCAGCCCGCCACAUUGUCGUGACGGCUGGUGAUGAUGCUUCGUAG